GAGAUCUCAUGUUUACCGAACACUCAGUUUUCAACAACAAACCCAACGCACAAGAGACUUCAGGUAACUUCCGACGGAGAGAUCCAAGGUUGAAGAGAUGACCAAGUUCCAAAUUUUGUUUCUGACUUUUGUGGCUUGCGCUGUUAUAAUCCAGGUUAAAGGCUUAGAUCUGUACCGCAGAAAAUUUUAUGACGCGCCCAUGAGAAGGAAUAACGCGAUAGAUCUUUAUGACGCGCCAAUGAUAAGGAAGGAUGCGAUGGACCUUUAUGACGCGCCUUUGAGAACGGAUGAUAAGAUAGACCUUUAUGAGAGGCUGUUCAAGCCAUGUAGGGACCAAUCCUCCUCACAGUUUUGUGAACUUUGGGGAAUUGGAAUGGGGUAUUGCCAGAGCUCGAAAGCCACGUACUUUCAGGGGUCAAACUAUAACAGUUUCAUUCAACAUCAUUGCCCAUGUACUUGUGGAACGUGUAAAUGAAUCUAAAAAGAAUACAUGUAGAGUGGACGGGUCGAAGAUCUCUCUAACUUUCCUUUGCUAGUUAGUAGCUUUUGAAUCAAACUUUGUUUAGUAAAUCUCCAACAAUGAUUUUUAUAUCCCAGUACUGAUAAAUGGACCAAUAAAAAAGUUCAAUAUACCAGUAGGCAGCGUGAAAGUUUUCCUCAGGGCUGGAAAUAGCUAAUAUAAUAUGACGUGUUUAUGUACGCAUAGGUGGCAAGUUUAAGGAUUUUUUAAGGCAACCUCGACGUAUACGUAGUUUUUUUCAAGUGAAAUAUUCAACCAGUAUGCCAAUGCCCUGUACGUAAUGUCCUGAAAAUUUCAAUAAACGAAAUAAAGAGUCUCACAACUCAUUCCGAAUUCA